AUGGGAAAACUUAGCAAUUCACCUUUGCUUGACCACAUACUGUCCCCACCACCCAUGCCAUGUCGGAAGUGCAGCAACCCGGACCUGGCUUCGGGCCCUGGAAAGUCCCUGAAGUUCAAAAACCAGCUGAGCGAGGAUGGACGACAGCUGCGGCGGGGGAGCCUGGGAGGUGCGCUGACAGGAAGGUACCUCCUUCCUAACCCCACCGCAGGACAGACCUGGUCAGCAUCUGCGGAGACGUCCAACCUCGUGCGCAUGCGCAGCCAGGCCUUGGGCCAGUCGGCUCCCUCGCUCACGGCCAGUCUGAAGGAGCUAAGUCUUCCCAGGAGAGGAAGUUUGUAA